GCUUCUAAGGGCUUCCAAAGCUUUACUCAUUUCACGUAAAGAGCCAAAAAAAAAACUCCACUUUUUUUUUUGUAAGAAAAGAAGAAUCUGAAGGGCACCAUUGUCACAAGAAUGGGAAGGCAAAAUCAAUGGUGGGCAAGUGUGAUAGUGUUAGCAUUGGUAGCGAUCGGAGCCGGAGCCGUCCCGAUCACAUAUCUCAACAGCGCCGUCGCCAGAGGAGCCGUGUGUUUGGAUGGGAGUCCACCGGCUUACCAUUUCGACAAGGGGUUUGGCUCAGGGGUGAAUAACUGGAUCGUUCACAUGGAGGGAGGAGGAUGGUGCAAUGACAUAGCGUCAUGCAGCGAGCGUAAGAACACGAUGAAGGGUUCGUCCAAGCUCAUGAACAAGGAUUUCGGCUUCUCCGGAAUCUUGGGCAGCCAACAGAGCACCAAUCCAGAUUUCUACAACUGGAACAGAAUCAAAGUACGGUACUGUGACGGAUCUUCAUUCACCGGCGACGUUGAGGCCGUUAAUCCGUCGAACAAACUGUUCUUCCGAGGAGCCCGAGUUUGGCGUGCGGUGAUCGAUGAUCUCAUGGCAAAGGGAAUGAACAAGGCUCAAAAUGCGAUACUUUCGGGUUGUUCAGCUGGAGCAUUGGCCGCCAUUCUGCACUGCGACCAGUUCCAUGCCAUUCUUCCUCGUACAGCCAAGGUUAAGUGUGUGUCCGAUGCCGGUUACUUCAUCCACGGGAAGGAUAUUACAGGUGGAUCAUAUAUCGAAUCUUAUUACAGUAAAGUCGUCGCUUUGCACGGAUCUGCAAAAACCCUACCUGUUUCUUGCACCUCAAGGAUGAAACCCGAGCUCUGUUUCUUCCCGCAAUACGUGGUUCCUUCCAUGAGAACUCCGCUGUUCGUCGUGAACGCCGCUUUCGAUUCAUGGCAGAUCAAGAACGUUUUGGCCCCGAGUGCUGUGGAUAAACGUAAAGAGUGGAAGGACUGCAAGCUCGACCUGAAGAAAUGCACGCCCGCUCAGCUCCGAACCGUUCAAGGGUUCCGGGAUCAGAUAUUGCGUGCAUUGGCUCCGGUUCACAGCACGACGUCGAGAGGGCUGUUCUUGGACUCGUGCCAUGCUCAUUGCCAAGGCGGGAGCGCCGCCUCCUGGUCCGGCUCCAAAGGCCCCUCCGUCGGUAACACGAAAAUUGCGAAGGCCGUUGGGGACUGGUUUUAUGACAGAAGCCCGUUCCAGAAGACUGACUGUCCGACAUACCCAUGCAACCCCACUUGUCCCGCUGUUUCCUCCGAGGACUAAUAUUUUAUUUUAAUUUUAUGAAAUUCGAGGACUAAUAUUGUUAUUAUGAUCGUCGUUGUUUUUGUUAUUGUUUGAUAUUUAAAUUGUAUGUGUGGCCGUAACAAUUUUCUAAAGUUCAUCACUUGGACGGAAUAAUGUUAUAUGUAACCAACCAACGAAUAAAUAUCAAUGUCAGCUUCUGAGGUUUUAAAGGUA